UUGCUGUUUUUGCGAGCGAGUAGGGUUCCACCUCGGUCCACACACCAUAUCAGAAGAUGGCGGUAAUGCACACCAGAAAGUAGCUUGCCAACCGCCAAAAAACCGAAGAAGAAGAAGAAGCGGAAAAAGAAGAUGGGGUCACGAGUCGGACGUAUGUUCAGAAAUGUCAACCUAGAAAACAGGGUUCAGCGAGAAAUUUCCAAGGAAAAGCCGAGGCCAGCACCAAGACACGCGGUUACACAACCAACCGAACAUGACGGAAAUGUUGGUACCGUCCAUCAGAAGAACAACGAUUUACUAUCAAAUCUGAAGUCUGUUUAUGUGGAGUCUAUAAACACACAGACGGUGAAGACUGCAAAGAAGAAAGUUGUAGGUGGGAUCGAUGUAUUAGCGGCGGACUACAGCAACACAACCAGGAGAACUUUGAGAAGGAUAGCAGACGCGCUAGCCGGCGACCUCACCUUGACUUCCUCCGUCUCCGGGCCGCCAACCGCAUCGGUGAUCGCUGGAACGCAGUCCAUAAAGAAGGGGGUGAGCGUGAAUGAUGAAACAAAGUGCAGACCGACGAAAUUCUUCCUUCCAGGAAACUCUUAUGGCCUUGCAAACCUGACAGAAAUUCCUCGAGGCAAACUGACCAUCACAGAAGCUAUUAAAGCCGUCGGAAGCCACCAGAAUGAGCCUCAAACAUGGACGUCGCAGAAGAUUGCUAAAGAAUAUUCUUUGGACUUAAAAGAAACAAACUCUCUUCUUGAGUUUUUCAUCCCCUUCCAGGUUCAGAUCUUACCACCUGUAAAUGUAAAACAGCUGAAGGUCGUUUAGGGGCGAAGGCUGAUUCUGUCAUUAUUUCAACCUAAAUGAUUUGCAACAAUUUGUUAUGUGUUGGUCCUGCGAUGAGGUGGCGACUUGUCCAGCAACCCCGCGACCACGAGAGGGACAAGCCGUAGGAAAUGGAUGGAUGGAUUGUUGUUAAUACAUACUUGUGUGAACAUAACCAGCGUUGUAUGAAAUUAUGACUUACUUACAUUUUUUAUUUGUGUUGAACUCAAGUAAUGAAUACUUUCUAAGCAA